AUGGCUUCGAACCUACUGGACGUAGGGGCCGGCGGAGAGACCGCACAAACGCUCUACUUCGUCUCCUUUGCGCCUUCGAUUCUGACUAGUGACAUCGUGGAACAAUCCGGAGACGAUUGGGCGAAGAGAUUUCGCGUGACGACCGACGACUCCCAAAGUCCCCAGUUGACGACGAUAUACGACCUUCGCCGCGGAGAAGAACAGGUUCUAGCGCGCAUUGAAUGGCAGGGACACCCUGUCGUCGAAAUUCGGGACAUCCUUGGCAGGCAGUCUGCUCGUAGCUGGCUCGGACUAGUGCCAGAUAGAAGGAAUAUGGAGGCUUCCGGGAUCAAAUACAUUUGGGCUCCUUAUCUGGAUGAUAUCUGCGUACGCCGAUGUUUCAGAGCUUUGUUGACACUUUCCUCAACCUGA